GGUGAUGGACCUGUGUCACGAAGUUUCAGGCAUUGGAUUUUUGAGAUAAUUUUGUUAAUCCGAGUGCCGAAACACAGUGAUUAUAUGAAAUAGUGUAACCGGUUUGAUGUUACCAUUUUAUGCGUGCAGGAUUUAUCGUGGCCAUCACAUAUCAUAUUUCAAUCAUCCAUCACCGAUUCCGUGUAUCACACUCCUACUGUAACACAGUAAAACUACUUUGAUCUUGAGUAUUUUUCUUGUUUCACGUAAAAUCAUACCAAACAUAUGUUAUUGUACGAAAAUUGACAUACUGGUACAUUUUCCAAUAACUGAAGCGUAGUUCAGCCAACUCGGUGUGAUACCGUAUUCGUUUAAAUUGUGGUCUGCCCAGAAACAGCGCAAUUGCACGCGGUUCUAUUUAUACUACUAUGUAUACAAUGAAGAGCAUGCCGGAAGCCGAAGGUUUGACACACAAAAUCCCAGGAAAUUCCCUUCCGGAUGGUGAACCGGGCAUACGAAACACGGAGGCGAGGAUUAUACGGAAGAGGACUUUCCGGUCCCGUACCAGAGUGCUUUAUGUAGUCAUCAUAAUCCUCACUGUGUUUCUUAUGCUCGCUAUCGGAUUAGCGAUAUUCUACGGAGUAUCAUUUCACUGCCAAGAUUCAAGAGGAACAGGCUGUGGGAAAACUACUUCAGAAAAUGUCACAGAUACCUUGGACCAGUUGCUUGAGGAGGCAAUAAAGAAGCGUACCACCAAGAGCGUUCGUCUACCCCUUACCUUACUGCCAAAAUUCUACGAUCUUCGGCUACAAGUACACUUACACGAAGGAGAUCCAGUGGACUUUUACUUCAACGGAUCCGUUCUUGUGAAAGCCUUUUGUCGCCAAAGCACCCAUGUAUUCUUCGUACAUUCCCAUAGCACCUUAAAUGUUAGCUUGAAUCAGAUUCAGGUACAAAAACUAUCAGACUCUGAUACACUUGCCGAGAUCGUGAAGAUUAAGAAUGUCUCCUACGAUGACGACUUGCAGUGGUAUGAGUUUCUGCUCACCGAGGAGCUCAAAGCUGGUCACUUCUAUCAAAUCACUUUUGGUCAGUUUUGGUCUCCUCUUAGACGAGAACUGAAAGGAUGGUAUUUGAGCUCCUAUACGGAAGACCGGGUCGAAAAAUAUCUUGCUACUAGCCAGCUCCAGCCAACGGAUGCCAGGCGGGUGUUUCCUUGUUGGGACGAACCAGGAUUCAAGGCACAGUUUCAGAUCACACUGAUCCGGCAUGAAGAGUACCAUUCACUCUCUAACAUGGGAAUCAGAAGAACUGAGACUUUGCCAGGUGGAUGGUAUGCCGAUGUGUUUCAUCCUACGAUGAAUACAUCCACCUACCUACUGGCAUUUGUAGUGUCCCAGUUUCGCUCAUUGUCUACGACGGACGGGAAAGGUCGCAACUUCACUGUGUGGGCACGUCCGCAGGCUGUCAAACACGCCAGAUAUGCUUUGGAUAUUGGUCGGAAAAUAAUUCGUUAUUUCGAAGACUACUUUGAAGUGCCGUACCCGUUGGAGAAGACAGAUAUGAUCGCAGUACCGGAUUUCUCGGCCGGGGCCAUGGAGAACUGGGGUUUAAUGAUAUAUCGCGAAGCAACUAUGCUCUGGGACCCAACUGUUGGAACGGCAGCCAAUCAACAGAAAGUUGCCACAGUAGUCUCACAUGAAAUCGCACAUCAGUGGUUUGGAAACUUGGUAACGCUUAAUUGGUGGGAUGACUUGUGGCUCAACGAGGGCUUUGCAACAUUCGUAGAGACAAGUGGCGUAAACCAUGUGCAUCCCGAUUGGGGAAUGGACGAACAAUUCCUGCUUGAAGACAUUCAGAAAGUUCUCAUCAGCGACGCCUCCCCAGGUUCGCGUCCUGUUAUCCAAUCAGUAAAAUUUCCAAACGAGAUCAACGAUAUCUUCGACGUAAUCUCCUAUCACAAGGGGGCUUCGGUUCUUCGAAUGAUGGAAUCUUUCAUGGGCCGCGACACGUUCCGCAAAGGAGUUAAGAAGUAUCUAUCAGAUCACAAAUUUAAAAACACCGUACACGAAGAUUUAUGGAAUUCAUUGACUGAGGCAACCCAAAAUACUGGCAAGGCACUUGACAUUAAAGCGAUUAUGGAAACGUGGUUGAUGCAGAUGAACUAUCCAUUGGUCACUGUGCGCAGAGUUAGUGGGCAAAUUUUCCAAUUCAAUCAAUCCCAUUAUCUUGAUCCUGCGGACGCGAAACCGCCGAAGAAUCCGACUGCUUUCAAGUUUCAGUGGCAAAUACCCUUAACGUUUGGAGACUCUGUGAAUGUGAACUGGACAGACAAUGAAGUUAUCUGGUUGAAAAAUGAAUCGAUGACCAUUCCAGUGAACAUUGAACCGUCAUCGUGGUACAUUUUCAACAUAAGACAAGCCGGGUUUUACCGAGUUCACUACGCUGAUGAUAAUUGGCAGAGGAUUACACAGCAGUUAAUUGACGAUCCCACGGUCAUUCCGGUUCAUACCCGAACCCAGUGUUUGGAUGACUUGUUCAACCUUGCCAACCGAGGAACUGUCCCUUAUUCGUUAUUCCUGAAUUUAACGAAAUAUUUGUACCGGGAAGACAAAUAUGUUCCUUGGGAGACAGCGAGAAGAGCUUUCGAAACGAUGUCGCGUAUGCUCGCUCUGGAUCCAGCAUUGUGGUUAAUGCAGGCAUAUCUCCGUACACUGGUCGACAGUACACUGCAGCAAGUGGAUUGGGAUUCUGUGCAGGAGAACGAAAACCAUAUGAAGCACAUGCUUCGUGGAACCAUCAUCAAACUAGCCUGUCAAGUGGAACACGGAUUAUGUGUUCGCAAAGUAAAAGAAAUGUAUCGAAAGUGGAUGGCGACUAAUGCUACAAACACGAUUCCUCCAAGUCUUCGAUCAAUCGUGUAUUGCUCUGCAAUUCAUUGGGGAGGACAACUGGAGUGGCAUUUCCUUCAUAGCCGCUUAUUGGACGAUGCCAAGGACGAGGAACCGGGUAACAUUCGUGCUGCACUUGCCUGCACGAGGGACGUCGUGAUAAUGAAAGACUACCUCAAUAGCCUUCUGCGCCUAGAACAUCAGGAUCCAACCGAUUUGGUUGAACCGAUCACGCAAAUCGCACAAAAUCCCAUUGGCCACAUACUUUUGUGGGACUUUGUCCGAGAAGCGUGGAGGAGAAUGACAUCUGAUGCUGAUCGCGAUAAGAAAAUAAACCCCAUCGAUUCAGCGGUUUUGGUGAUGUUGAGGAUUCUAUCGAAACCAGUUGGCACCUUGAACAAUGUGCCGCCCCCUGAGGAAGUUUCUGAAUUGGAACGACGCACCCAGACCAAGGUAGAAAAGCACGUAUUGCAACGCGGAUUCAAAGAAGUGUUCCGAAGGGCGGAACGCAAUCAGAAGUGGUCAAAAGCUCACCGAAAUGAAAUACACCAAUGGUUGAAGCAGAAUGUAAAAGACGUGAAUGUUCUACUGUGAUCUUCAGAGCUGAGAAUCACCUGCGUCCACAGGCUACACAUUUAAACUGUCCCCCAUUCCCUCCAGAAGAGAGACGCAUGGAUACGUAAUGCCACACUUGUUAUUUAGAGUUAGUUACUCGGUUUUGUGUACAUGAAUCUGUUAUAUUUACUUUAUCCAAGAUACCUCACACUGUAUCCCACUGGUUCAUUAGGAAAAAAAUCGAUUACUUCGCAGGAUGUGAGUGUGUUUCAGUAUGAUAAUAACUGGGAUAUCUCCACAGAGCUGGAAACCAGCCUGCAUCCGAUUACCACUUGUAAACCAUUAGAUAUCCAUGCUGCCUCAUCAUUUUCAUCAUCAUUACGUAUUUGCAGUACGCGAAAUCCCUCGACCAUUUUACCGCAAUGUAAAAAGAAAGAUAUAUGAAAACAGGAUACAGAAUAUUAUAGAAUACAGAAGACAAAAUCGGUUAAUAUAAUACUUAUUAUCAU